AUGAUGAAAACGGGAGGAGGUCCUGAGAAUAAAAUUGAGUUGGAUGCAGCAGAUAAAAUACUAAUCACAAUUGUGAACCAAAAAUCAGUAGAGGGAUUAAUGAACAUUUUUGAUUCUGACAUUGCUGAUGUGCAAUGCAAAAAUGUGGAUGAGCCAAAAGAUGAUAAAGGAAAUAACAAGCAAGAAUUCUAUUUGAAGAACAUGACAUGUUUAGAAAAGAUAAAAGUAACCAAAACCGAAGGACAAUCAAGGUGGGGGUUUGGGACUGAUAAUCGCUCAGAUACAAAUAAAGGUAUUGCCAGAGCUCAAGGGAGAGGAAGACAAGGUUUGAUGACUCGUCAGACCCGAAGACCAGGAAUCCGAAUAUUAGCUUCAUCACAUAUAGCUCAAAAAUAUGAUGAGCUCUUGGAUCAGAGGAAAUUAUUGCUCCAAAAACAAAUUGAAAGCAUAAAUCAAGAUUUGACGUUCCAAAAAAUUAAAAACAAGCUUGAAAUUGAUAUUUUAAACAUAAAACUAGCAAGAGAAAAACAAAAGUAA